AUGGCUCCUAGACGACUUCCUCGCUUCUUUCCAGGUAUAAUUCCUUCAUUGGAGAUGUAUUCUCCUAAAAAGAAAGAAGAAAUUCGCGAAAUUAAACCAAAAACUCCGAAAAUUCAAGACGAAGAAGUAAAAGCGAGCCCUACAAAGCUUGCCGCCUUGAAGAUGGUCCGACCUAUUGUCACAAUCAGUGAUAAAAAGAUAGAACACAUUGUAACUUCGACGGAUUCAGCGAAUAUCAAGGAUUCUAUAUCGGCAACAGUAUUCAAUAACCUUGUUAAAAAUUCCAUCUUCGGAGAUCAGGCACAGUUAAGCAAUGGAUCUGAGGUUUUCGAAGAAGAAAAAGAAAAUCAAAAUCAAAUUAAGGUUGAAAACGACCAAAACGACAAAUCUAAUGAUGAACUGAUAGACGAACAGAAGCAUGAAGAAGUCCAACCCUCAAAUAGCCCUGAAAACGAAAUUUUGAAAGAAAAUGAAAAAAUGCCAAAUCCUGAAAACAAAGCGGAAUCGAAUAAUAAUGAUGAAAAUGAUUCCCCUACAAUGCAGCCAUUAACACCGACGAAACAGAUAAAGCAUAAAAAGCUUGAUUCUAAACGUCCUAAAUAUGUAUCAACAAGUCAUGAAGAUUUUAAGUAUCUUGAUAUACCGACAUCUCCUGAUCCUACAAAGUGCUUGUUAUCACCAACUGUUUAUGAUUUACCAUCUGAAAACGAAAUAUUGGAUGAAGGAAUGGAAGAAGAAGAUAUUCCUGAACCAGAAGAAGAAAAUAUGGAGCCAUUAGAAGAGCUCCAUGAGUUUGAUGAAGAAGAAGAUGAUUAUGCUGAAGAUGAAAUGGAAUUAUAA